GGGAAGUCGAGCAUAUCCCAAAUUUUAUCUGCGCGCGCAUGUAUGUGUGUGUAUAAUUCGUAAGUGUGUCUGUCGCUCUAUUAUUCGGGUAUAGUUGUGGAUAGUUGAGAAAACCGGAGAAAACAAAUUGUUGCGCAAGUGAACGACAAUGGCUAAUCACUACGAGGUUCCAAAUUGGGCCGGGAAGCCACCGGUAGGAUUGCAUCUGGAUGUACUGAAGAAUGAUAAAUUGAUACAGAAACUUAUGGUGGAUGAGAAGAAAUGUUAUUUAUUUGGACGCAACCAACAGCUGAAUGAUUUUUGCAUCGAUCAUGCAUCUUGUUCUCGGGUUCAUGCAGCUCUUGUUUAUCACAAACAUCUAAAUCGGGCAUUUCUAGUUGAUUUGGGAAGCACACAUGGUACCUUUAUUGGAAAUUUACGUUUAGAAGCCCACAAACCGACUCAAUUACCUAUUGAUAGUACAUUUCACUUUGGAGCAUCUACUCGAUAUUAUAUAAUUAGAGAAAGACCUCAGACUGGUGCCAGACCUAUCAUCGAAGAACUAGAGAAAUUAUCCGAGGAUAUUGAUGCCGGUGGUUUGUUGGGUCUACCAGAAACUGAAACAGAACUUGAUAAUUUAACAGAAUUUAAUACAGCUCAUAAUCGACGGAUCUCUAUGCUUGGCAUAACAGAUGAUGAGAUGCACAAACCAACGCGUAAGCGAAAGAAAAAGGGAAUCACUUUCAACGAUGACGAAGAGGUGAUUAAUCCAGAAGAUGUCGAUCCAUCAGUUGGGAGGUUUCGUAAUCUUAUACAAACGACAGUUGUUCCUAGCAAGAGAAUGCGUAUGGAAGGAGGUCUCAUAUCAUUGUUGGAAGAUCACAAUCCUCUAAAGCAUAUGCAACCUACGUCCACCACUCCUCAUCUCUAUCACGAUCUACCUCCUGAACAAUUUACGCCGUCCUCGAUGUCCAUUAAUCCGUUCUCCACGGCUCUCACGUCGCUAACAUCGCGGCUCGGUAUUGCAUUACCCAAUCCGGCACCCGAAGUGGAGAUGACUCCAAAUCAAGUACAAACAGAAGUACAAGCACAUGUACCGGAGCAUCUACCGAGUACAACAGAGCCGCGGACGAUGGAGCCGAAGAAGAAGAAAUAUGCCAAAGAGGCAUGGCCUGGAAAAAAACCAAUACCAACGCUCCUUGUAUAAUAGAAAAAAUAACGGUUCGUAUACAUAAUUAUAGUUCUAUUAUCGAUUUUUUGAGAAAAAUAUUAAUCUCACAGGAAUUGUUCAUACUUUAUGAAUUCGCGUAUGACUUCCUGUCAAGUUUGUUAUAUUUUUGACGAUAAUAACAUCUUGUCCCAUGUCACACGAAUCGUAAAAUAUUAUAAAAAGACUAUCUUUAUUAAAAUAUUUAAUAAUAUUGCUCAUUAUUUCACUUUAUAGCUGAUUAUAUUCGAAGCUUUAUGGCAAAUGUGUAAAAAAAAUUUAUAUUUGAUUUAAAGAAUGCAAAUUUGUGUAGUAAAGUGUAGUAAUCAUUUAUUAUUACAAUAGAUGUAGUUGAUUAAAACUGACGAUAAUGUUCAAUGAGCACUCUAAAGUUGUCAUAUAAUAUGAUAAUUAGAGCAGCUUAAUUAGCGAUAAAAUUGAACUUCAUAUUUAAAUUUUACGAGCUAAGUUCUAUGAGUCUACUCGCGUAAUUUAUUUACUUUAU